ACGGAAGAUGGCGGACGGGCUGGAGCGCGUCCGCGUCUCGGCCGCCGAGCUGCGGGACAUGGUGGCGGCGCAGGCCCGUGCGGCCGGCGGCGAAACCAUGAAGGAAGUGAAGGAGCCGAGACACCGCAAGGACAACAGGCGCCCGGACCUGGAGAUCUACAAGCCUGGGCUCUCCCGCCUCAGGAACAAAGUGGUGCCUCCAAAGCCUGAGGCCUCCGAGAAGGAGAGGAGCAGGGAGGGGAGUCCCAGUGACAAGAGAGGGGGAGCUCCAGCCACGGAGGAUUUCACUAAAGGCAAUGGCCCCAGGCAGAAUGGUCCUGUGCAGGAGAAUGAAGACACUAAAGGUGUUCUUCAGAGCCCGGAGAGCGUGUCCAAGCAGCCAGCCUCGGAUGAGUGGUGUCCCAAAGCCACCAGGAGGACCAAGAAACCAGACCAGCAGAUCUACCAGCCUGGGAAACGCCUGCAUUCAGCUCCUCGGGAACCAGCCCUGAGGUCAGGGACUGAGGAAGUCACCAGUAAGAUGGAGCAGCUGAAGGUUGAGAGGGAUGAAGAGACCCAGAAAGGGACUGGAAAAGACAACAACAGGAAACCCAAAGCGACCAAGGAGGAUAGAGAGGGGAGCCAGGCAGGGGAAGGAGUGAAAGCCUCAAGGGGAGAAAAAGGAAGACGACUGGAGCGAGGUGACAGGAUGAGGAGAGCAAAUGAUGAAGGGAAGUUGGGCUCUACCAAGCGGUAUUCCCGCUCUGACAAGCGCCGGAGCCGGUACCGCACCUGCAGCACGAGCUCAGCUGGAAGCAAUAACAGUGUAGAUGGAGCCCCACUCAUGGAUGGGGUGGAGAGGCACCAGCAGCGUGCCAGAGAGAGGAUACGUCCCAGGAAGCAGCUCUCUGCGUCCUCCACUGACUCCCUGGAUGAUGACCGAAUCGAUGAGGCAGAAGCUUAUGUCUCCAGCAGGAAUCCAGACAAGAAGAAGCAUCCAGAGCAGAGCCGAGCUUCUAGGAGUGAGAGUGAGUGGAGCAGCAAUGGCAGGGAAGGGAAGGGGUCCUUUCGAGUCACAUUUGACAGCAGGACUAUGAGCAGGGAUGUCAGCCUGGCAGACACAGAGAAAAAAAAGCCCCUGAAGGCAUUUGGUGGUUGCAAGGACUCUGAGGCUCCGGAGGUGAGGAGCCAGAGCAGAGAGCCCCAAGGGAGAGGCCGUGGGAUCCUGUUCCUGCCUGCCAACACCGACCUCUCUGCCAGCACCACAGGCUCCCCAGAAGCUGUUCACCCCGGCCCCAGGCUGCUGCUCGGUGGGGCUGGGAGCAAAGGCCCCCGCAGCAGGGGCCGGGGAGGGACCAUUCGCAGGCUGUGGGACCCGAAUAACCCGGACCAAAAACCCGCCCUGAAGAGCCAGACUGCUCAGCUCCACUUCCUGGACACGGAUGAUGAAGUGAGCCCCAGCUCCUGGGGGGAAGCCCGCCAGGCCCAGACCUCCUACUAUAAGUUCCAAAACUCUGAUAAUCCCUACUAUUACCCUCGUGGCUCCGGUCAGGGUGCUCAGUAUCCUUAUGGUGGGUACUCCCUGCAGUAUCCCAUGGGUCCAAGCAAUGGUGUGUACCCAGCAGCCUACUACCCUGGUUAUCCCGGCCAGGCAGGGCAGUACAUGUGUGGACCACUGCCCCCAACCCCUCUGAGUCCUGAGAUGGAGCAGCAGAUGAGGAACUUGCAGCAGCAGGAGCUGAGCAAACACCUCCGUGAGGCUGGGAACCAGGAGCAGCAGCUCAGUAACCUGCUUUCCAGAGACCGCAUCAGCCCCGAGGGGCUGGAGAAGAUGGCCCAGCUGAGGGUGGAGAUGCUCCAGCUGUAUGAAAGAUGCAUCCUGAUGGAUAUCGAGUUCUCUGACACCCAGAACGUGGACCAGCUGCUGUGGAAGAACGCCUUUUACCAAGUGAUAGAGAAAUUCCGACAGCUCCUCAAGGAUCCUCAGGGGGAAAAUGCCCAAGAAAUUCGGAACAAACUGCUCCAGCUUCUGGAUGAGGGCACUUCUUUUUUUGAUGGCCUGCUCCAGAAGCUCCAGGUGUCCUACCAGUUCAAGCUGGAGGACUACAUGGAUGGGAUGGCCAUCCGCAGCAAGCCCCUGAGGAAAAUGGUGAAGUACGCGCUGAUCAGUGCUCAGAGGUGUAUGAUUUGCCAAGGGGACAUCUGCAGAUACAGGGAACAAGCAAACGACACUGCCAACUACGGGAAGGCACGCAGCUGGUACCUGAAGGCUCAGCAGAUUGCUCCCAAGAACGGCCGCCCAUACAACCAGCUGGCACUUCUGGCCAUCUACACGAGGAGAAAGCUGGAUGCUGUCUACUACUACAUGCGCAGCCUGGCCGCGAGCAACCCCAUCCUGACAGCCAAGGAGAGCCUCAUGAGCCUGUUUGAAGAGACAAAGCGUAAGGCUGAGCAGAUGGAGCAGAGGAAACAUCAGGUGCUGGAUGUGAGCCCCAACCGGCGGGGAAAGGGCAAGAAGUCCACACUGCGACAAGUUGGAGAUGAUGCCACACGGCUGGAGAUCUGGAUCCAUCCCUCCCACCCCCGCUGCUCCCAGGGCAACGAAUCCGGCCGGGAUUCUGAGCAGGACAAUGGUCUUGGGAACCUCAGCCCCAGUGAUCUGAACAAAAGGUUCAUCCUCAGUUUUCUCCAUGCCCAUGGGAAGCUGUUUACCAGGAUUGGGAUGGAGACGUUCCCUGCGGUGGCUGAGGAGGUGCUGAGGGAGUUCCAGGUCCUGCUGCAGCACAGCCCCCCUCCCAUCGGAAGCACCCGCAUGCUCCAGCUUGUGGCCAUCAACAUGUUUGCAGUGUACAACUCCCAGCCCAAAGAGUGUGUCUCUGAAGACUGCCGCUCUGUCAUCCAGGAACAGGCCACAGCCCUGGGGCUCUCCAUGUUUGCACUCUUGGUGAGGAGGUGCACCAGCCUGCUGAGGGAAUGCAUGCCAGUUCAGCCACAAGACGCAGAGCAGGAGGAUGAGGAGGACGACAUCAAGGUCUCUGCCUUGCCCCAGGACCUGAAGGAGCUGCUCCCCAGUGUGAAGGUCUGGUCGGACUGGAUGCUCGGCCACCCGGACACAUGGAAUCCUCCUCCGAUCUCUCUGGAGCUCCCCAAACAGGUCUCAGUAGAUGUGUGGGCGACGCUGGCUGACUUCUGUAACAUACUGACCACAGUGAAUCAGUCGGAGGUGCCCUUGUACAAGGACCCAGAUGACGACCUUGCCCUGCUAAGCCUGGAAGAGGAUCGGCUGCUCUCGGGCUUCGUUCCCCUGCUGGUUGCCCCCCAGGAGCCCUGCUACGUGGAGAGGACCUCGGACAAGGUUAUUGCAGCCGACUGCAAGAGGGUCACAGUUCUGAAGUAUUUCCUGGAAGCCCUUUGUGGACAAGAAGAGCCUUUGCUGGCAUUCAAGGGUGGAAAAUAUGUGUCAGUGGCACCCGUCCCAGACGCCAUGGGAAAGGAAAUGGGAAGCCAAGAGGGAAAACAACUGGAAGAUCAGAAGGAAGAUGAUGUGAGGAUCGAGGCGUUUGAAGAUGACUCUGAGGCUGAAGGCAGUGGAGGAGAGAUGGACAUCAAGGAGCUCAGAGCCAAGAAGCAAGCCCUGGCCAGGAAAGUCGCUGAGCAGCAGCGCCGUCAAGACAAGAUUCAGGCUGUGCUGAAAGACCAGAGUCAAAUGAGGCAGAUGGAGCUGGAGAUAAGACCUGUCUUCUUGGUGCCAGACACCAACGGGUUCAUCGACCACCUCAGCAGCUUGAUAACACUGCUGGACUGCAGGAAGUUCAUCCUGGUGGUGCCCCUCAUCGUGAUAAACGAGCUGGAUGGCCUGGCCAAGGGCCCGGAGAUGGAGCACCGGGCUGCAGGCUAUGCCCGCCAAGUGCAGGAGAGAGCCAGGAAGUCCAUCGAGUUCCUGGAGGAGAGAUUUGAGAGCCGGGACAACUGCUUGAGGGCUCUGACCAGCAGAGGCAACGAGCUGGAGUCCAUCUCCUUCCGCAGUGAAGACACCACUGGCCAGCAGGGAAACAAUGAUGACUUGAUUCUGUCCUGCUGCCUCCACUACUGCAAUGACAAGGCCAAGGAUUUCAUGCCCUCCAACAAAGAUGAUCCCAUCCAUUUGCUCAGGGAAGUGGUUUUGCUGACGGACGACCGGAACCUACGAGUCAAAGCAUUGACCCGCAACGUGCCGGUGCGGGACAUCCCCACCUUCCUCAAGUGGGCUCAGGAAGGCUGAAAGGGGCCGAGUAGCCCCCGAGCAAGUCACACAGCCUAUGAACGGUGGCAGAGCGGCUUCAGCCGCAGCACCACCGCCUGCCAGCCCACCAUGAACAAUACACGCCACGUCUUCAACCCACCCCAGAAUGGCCAAGCUCAGAAGGGGGUUCCCCCCGCACCAAGGGCAGACCAGCCGGGAAGGUCAUUGCUGUGGAUGGUUCACGUGGAGGCUUUGGGAUGUUCAGGGUCCCACCGGCCUUUGGGCAGUGCCAGCGUGGAGCUGGUGAGCCCCGCUGGCGAGGGAAGCUUUGGGUGAGCCCCGGAUCACCAGCCUGCUUAGUUUGCUUGGUUGCAGAGAGCUCGAGGCACGGGUUGGUGGCUCUUUGGGUUGGUAAGCUGCACAGGGCACAGACCAGGGACACACCAACGCGGACUUUGGGAUUGCUUAGUGUAGCUUGUGCCCCAUGGAGAGGCCGUGGACAUCAAGGGCAGGUUCCCUCCUGCUCCUGCCUGUGUGGCCCAGGCAGCCCCUUCCCCACGCUGCGCCCACCCCACACAUGGGGUGCUGUUUGUGGAGGUGUUUGUCCUCUCCCUGCUGCAGGGUUUGCUUGUUGGGUUUCGUUUCUUUCGCUGUAGCUUAGUUUUCAGGUGAAUUGCCCUGUCUGCUCUGCUGGGGGGAGGCUUUGAACACCCCCAGUCCCCCCCAUAGCUGCUUUCUGUCCUGCUCCCCUGCCCACCCCAGCCCCUUCCCUCCUCCCCAGGCCCCUUAGUCUCAUCCCUUUAGACAUGUUUUUGACCCAGGACUCAGCUUGAGGCUAACAGAAUUCUCCAGGGACCCCAGAGCCAGCUGUCCCACAGGUCCCAUGCAUCCUUUUAUUGCCACUUGCUUCCUUUAAUGUUUGUGACCCUGCUUCUGCUGGAGACAUCCAUGGCUGGGAUGGGCCCCCUCUUCAUUUGCCCCUUCACCAUGGAUGCAGCUGGGAAGGGCCUUAUCCCUGGGUGAAACUACAGCGUUGGGGUGCUGCUGAGCCCCACCACGUUGUCCCCUCAGUAAGUGCCCCAGCCCCAGCCCAGUUACACGCCAGAUACAGAAGCUCAGAGGGAGCAUUAACCCCCAAACCGGAGCUGCUGGAGCUCUGUCAAGCCCCAGUCCCACAAGCAGAGGGUGGGAGUGACCCUUUGGGGUGCCGCGGCCGUGGGAUGCAGUGUCAGAGGUGGCGGAGGAAGCAGCAGGAUGGAGCCCAGCGUUUUCCUUCCCUGUGUGGGUGGCUCGGUCCCGGUGUCUGCAUCAGGAAGUGCAGCGUUAUCCCUGCUGGAGCCUCGGCAGCGAUGGGGACAGCUGGGAUUGUGCUCAUUGACCUGUGCUGCUCUUCACCCCAGCCUCACUGCCCACGAGGAAGGGUCUGUGCUGCAGGGCAGAGCCUGCUGACAGAGACUUCGGGUGCCCAUAAACUGGUGUGCACAGAACCGUGCCCACGGCACACACAGCACCCGCACCCCAGCGCCAUGCCCAGCACCACUGUAAGCAGCACAUCAUAGACUCUGCCUUCUCCUCCCCGCUGGGUGGGUUUCAAUGUAUGUUUUCUAUCAGAGCUGCCCCAGGGCUGCUUUGCAAGGCCCUUCCCGGGGUACCUGCAGGGCCACCGACCGCAGGCCCAGCCAUGGGACCAGAGGCCUGGGUACCACCGAGGAGCUGGCACAAGAGCCUGGGACCAUCAGUGCCAGGCUGCUGCCCUGAGCAGUGUUCAGGUUGGUUUGGUGAGAUGGUUGUAACCAGUUUUAGUAUUAAACAUUUCUCUGUGCA